AUGCAGCGAUCCAGGAGAAAUACUGUGAUUAGUGCAAAUGUUUCGUCUACGGAACGAGCAUCGAAACGUACUACUAAGGUACCCGUUUCUGAGCACCGAAGGCUACAAUUACGACUGGCGCAGCAAGCCUAUCGCUACCGCAAGGAGACAGCAACCUUGUCUUUGCAGCAUCGGCUUGAACAUCUACAGACACAGAUUCAGAACCUACAUCGGACGUUCCAAGCAUACAACCAUCAAAUAGAAAGGUCCAGUGUAUUGUCUUUUGAUCCGGCUCUCGAAGGGAAGCUGCAACAAUUACGCACGCAGUUUCUUGCAUUUUCAGCUGCUGCAAAUUCAAGUAACGAGGGCAGUAGUGCAAUUCAAAUGAAUGAAAUCUCAUCAACUAUGACUCAAGCGAGGAAACAGCGGAAGCACUCGCAGCAGUUAGAAGAUGAUUUUGAGUCGGCCACAUCAGGACCAGUCAAUGGUGGCCUCCAUCUAGCUCAUCUGAUCUCCUCGUUUAACGGUGCCGACCGCGAAGAAAACAACCCACGAGGCAAAACAUCAGCCCAAAGUUAUUCAUCCUUACCAACACCUACCCUGCAUAUUGUCAACCGUUUAGAACCAGUGCCAUGCGCUGUAGAUGACAGUGCUUUUCUUAAUAUUCUGUGCCGCUCACAUCUCUUAUCUUCUUCCACUGCGCCCUUCCGCGAGACGUCUUUUGAACGCCGGUUGCAUCGAGCCUGUCUGAAAAACGGAUAUAACUUGUUGGUAGAUCCGACCUCCGAUCCAGACAAUGUGAGCCGGGUAUUCAGGCUCCCAUUGACUCUGUCCACCCGGGAUUCCAUAGUCCAACAGGUGAAAGGACUUCUGGAAGGUGGCUUAGACGAAACCCUAGAGUUGUGGGAUAUGCCUUUCUUCUUGCUAGGGGGCGCGGGGACUCACUAUCCUCGAAGGGAUCACACAGGAAAACCUAUCCUUCCUCCGAAUGCCUUGCCGAUGAGUAAAUUCAUUGGUGCUUUUGUACAUCAAAGGACAGAGCCACAAUCCUUCCAGAGCGACCAUGACCUUCUGACCGACCUUGGCCUCAAUGGUGAGUGGCUUGAUUCAUAUGAUGUGGAAGGUUAUCUCAAGGAGAAAGGUAUCUUCUUGAGUGCCGAUACUGCAUUUUGCAGAGUUCCCGCACGUGCAUCCUCAAUAGAAUUCCGGUCUUCCGACAUAACAGGUCCCAAUGCUCAACACGUCAUGGGCAUGGACGAAUCAACCCUGGGACAUAUGCAUCCUUAUAAUGCAGAUCUUAUGGAACCACAGUCGAGAGGAUGGGGACCAGACAUACAGGUACUUUUCGGUGUCACCACCAUUCAUCAACGUAUGAAUGACUGA